AUGAAUUCUACUAACGAUAUAUCAAGCACGUGUGAAAACGAGUCUGGGUCGUCAUUUCAUGACAAUCUAUCAAGCAGUGCAAAUCGUAUCAGAAAACUGAGUUAUAGUUCAGAUUUAGGAUCUGAAUUUGACAGUGAAAAUGAAACAAUUGAUGUGAUUUGUGAAAAUAGUGAUCAAAAAGAACAUAGUGCGCAUACGACAAAUUCAAAUGUGUGUGGUAACGCAGAUAACAUCUGUUCAUUAAGCAAAAGUUUCUACGUUAACAAAAUGACUGUUAAAACCAAAAAUUGUUUUGAGAGUGCUCAAUUCACUAUAAAUAAUGUAACAAAUAGCACUAUCAAUGGUAGGGGCAAAAAUUUUCUUAUUGAUAGUAUUUUAGGUACCAAUCAAAGUAGCACUCGUAAUAAAUCAACAUUCGAAGAUACCGAAGAAGAAGUAGGGGACGAACAUAAUGUUUCAUCCACCUCAACUUGUCCAGAUUUAAGUGGAUUAAAUGGCGCAGAAUUGCUGGCAGGGCACGCGUAUGCACAUUGGCUUGCUACUCAACAACCUUCUUCAACGUAUUACGAUGACAAAAACAGCAGAAGACCUAGACGAACAGGGCCCGAACGGAAGCCACGACAAGCGUACAGUGCUAAGCAGCUAGAGAGAUUAGAAUCUGAAUUCAAAGUCGACAAAUACCUCAGCGUAUCAAAAAGGAUGGAGCUUUCAAAAGCAUUAGGACUGACUGAGGUUCAAAUAAAAACAUGGUUUCAAAAUCGAAGAACAAAAUGGAAGAAACAGUUAACAUCUCGUCUAAAAAUCGCACAACGUCAAGGAUUAUUUUCAGGACAUAUCUUCGGACCUACUCCACAAAGUUACUCUCUCUUAAACCCUUACGCAUACACGCCUCUCAGUUGCGUAUUCACCCCAGUAAAUUUACCUUCAUCUCCACCU